AUGCUCGGUGUCAUUUUGAUCUGUUGGAACAUGCUGGCUCAGGAGGCAGAGCUCUUCAUCCAUGCGAUGACAUCGCCAACAGUCGCAUCUGCGUCCCAGAAGGGGCGCAAGAGUUCUUGCACACAGCUCGACCUUUGUCGUGCGAUCAGCAUAGCUGAGGUCAUAGCUGCGCACGCAGCCUAUGUGGAGAAGGUCCUUGUCGACGCGCUGUCGGCAGAAGUGGAUGUGGCCUUCCUUCAGGAGCUGAACCAUGAAGUUGCCCAGAAGGUGCUGUUGACGGUUGUCUGCAAGUGCGUGCAAAAGUGCUGUCUGCAGAAAGGCUGGGCUACGGCCUUGUCAGAAGCCAACGAAGACAGCGGCAAGUGCAACGCAAUGACGAUGGUGGUUUCACGACAACCCAUCGAUGAGGAGCAGCAGGUCGCCGUUGAGGUGGGAAAGAAGAAAAGAUACUUCGCAGCUGCCAGGUGUGGGUCUACCUGGUUCGUGUCCUGCCACGUGCCCAUCGUCAGCGACAAAAAAAGCCCGCCGAACUUUCAGGAGGACACGGCAGCGCAGGUCCUCGAGCAGCUGAGCGCUGAGCUGCGCGGUGAGCGCAUUGUGGCGGGUGGAGAUUGGAAUGCCAAAGUCCACGAGGUCGCAAAGCAGUACAAGGCCAAAGACAAGAUGCCUGGCUGCUGGCGCAAUGGGCAGCGACCAGACGAGAUUUGCCCGGCACUAAGCAAGACUCACGCAGUUUCCGGACAGCCUUUGUGCGGCUCUGGGGCGUCGGGAGCACAAGAUACUGCAGCCUAUGAGAUUAUGGAGGGGAGAGGACGUCUCUCAAUCGGAAUUUCGCUGGCCCUGAAGGAAGGCUGGAAGGCUAGUGAUACUGUGAUUAACUGCGACCAAGACUUGGCAAUAGCAAGGCUUCGCCACCGUUGGGGCAAGGAUUCUGCGCGUCCGCCGACGGCCAACCUUUGUGAUUCGCUGGAGGUGUAUUUCGGCAAGCUGAAAGACGGCACAGAGGUUGCCGUCAAGUGCCUCAGGCCGGGAGUCAAGCGGCUGCUAGAAGCUGACUUGGCUUUGCUGCUAUGUUUUGGCAACUGGGCAGAGUCUCUGGAGCCUCUUCGCAUGCUUGGCUUGAAGAAAGCCGCAGAAGAGUUUUGCGAACAUGUGCAGAUGCAGACGGACUUUCGCACGGAAGCCUCCCACCUGCAUCGUUUCCGCGAAAACUUCGAGGAGUUGAAGUCAAUAAGAUUUCCUUCCCCGCUGUAUGCCUCGCAAGAGCUUCUCGUGCUGUCUCGGGAAGUGGGAAGAGAGCUCUCCCGUGUUUUCCGAGAGGCCAUGACUUCUGAUGGUCAUGAAGAGAGACAAGACGUUGACCGAUUCGAGAGCCACGCGGAUACUAUCAGAAGUAUCUUGGGCAUUCCUCAGGACGUAAGUCGGAGGAUUGCAUCAGACAGUCUUGCGGCUUACAUGCGCAUGAUCUUCAAAGACCAGUUCAUCCAUGGAGAUCUCCAUCCUGGGAAUGUGAUGCUGAAGCUGGCUGGCGGCUCGAGCAGUUCUCACCCUGGACAGGACAAGGCCGACGAUGGAGCCUCCUUGGUUGGCAAAGCCUCCGACCGCUUGAACUCGGUGGUGACCCGUGCUCGAGGUCAGCCUUUCGAGCUGAUCAUUCUGGAUGCUGGCUUGGCGAUACCACUCGCGCGGGAAAAAGUCGAGGCCUUGCGCUCCCUCGCGCUUGCGAUCAUCUACGGCGACUUUAACAGGGCUGCACAGAUUCUGUAUGACCAGAGUCCCGACACUUCCAAUUGCCAGGAUCCGCAGGCUUUCAAGAGCGGGCUGGCGAAGGCAUUCUGCGACUGCAGGAAGCAGGUCUACGAGGACGGGUUCGUGCAGGUUAGCGAUGCUGUGUUGGAGGCACUUCGCUUGGUUCGAUACUACAAUGUAGGACUCGACACCACGCUCACGUGGACCCUGCUGGGAAUGCUCAGCAUUGAAGGCUCUGCGCGCCAGCUCGAUCCAGAGGUGGAUUGCGCCAGAGCUGCGACGAGGUACAUCUUGAAUCUGCCCAGCUUGCGCAAAGAGCUCCAGAGCCAAUCCUGGCACACCUCAAGGCACAUGUUUACGGAGAUGCUCAUGAACCGGCUUGGAUUUGACUACUGGGCGCAUGGCUCAGUCAGCUCCACCAGGCAGCACAGAAACAUAUCAGCUCUACAAUGA